AUGGAUGUUAAUGAUCCUGACUCAGCCAGACUCGCAAUGAGUCAGGUUAUGAAAUGCAGGGAUAAACACUGGGUCGUUGUACCGAUCAAAAUGAAAGAUAAUCACCGGGCAGUAAUGGUAAUCGAGAAAAUUAUAGCCAAGAAACCUUUCGUAAUUUAUUUUGAUUCGCAUUCAACACAUGAAGAUAAUUCGCAGGUUGUACAACAAAUCAUUGAUGGAAGUGAUACGAGGAUGUACGAAGAUAGAUCUGAUAAAGCGUGUAAAGAGCCAGGAUACUUAUUUAACUUACAAAUUAACGGUGCUGCUAGCGUUAAAAAUCUUCAUGCACCAUUCCGUUGGCGUAGCAUUCCCACGCUAGCUGUCAUUACCGGUAAAAAUGGUUGCGUUAAAACAGCAGUCCUAGAUGCGAUACUACAAGGAUGUGAAAAUCAAUUAGUUAGUCGAAACUUUGGCGUUGCAUUAGAUAUUAAUGAAGAUUCGGGAAGAAUUUUACCUGAAAUAUACAGUUACAGUACUGGCUCGCCAGACGGAAGCCUGCCAUAUAACCUAAAAUUUAGUAGACUUCAAAGUCCAUAUUAUGAAAUUAGAAAUCAAGUUUUGGAAAUGGAUAAAUUAUCAUCAGUUCUAAUCAUAAGGAAUGAUUUUAUAACAACAUCCAAACAAGAAUUAAAAGAACACUUUGAUGGCCAGGUAGGGCUACACUUAGCGACUUUUGGUACCUUCGAUCAAUUUUCAAAAUAUCUAUUAGAAAAAUCACCAAAAUUAAGCAUCUGA